AUGCUUGCAGGAGGAUAUUGUACUUCAUAUUCAAAGCUUUAUACAGCAUUACGUUCAUCUUUCGCUCUUUUGUUCGCUGAUUACGUUUUUCCAUCGCUACUUGAAUUCAAUGCUGAACAAUCAGUCCAUUGUUUCCUUUCAAUGGUAAUUUCUUUGACUUACAUGUUGUUUAGCUUAGUUUGCCUUGCAAACUUUGCUUCCGAACAGUAUCUCAAAUACAGAAACCAUGCUUAUAUAUUCCAAGGAGAUUCCACUCUUCCAAUGAUUGAAAACAAUCAGAAUUCAAUGUUAUAA